UUGAACACAUAACAAAAAACAUAGGGAACAAUGGAACUUCUUUAUCUAGUUCUCUCUUCCAUUACCCUAAUCUUCUUCCUCCUUCAUGGCAUCAGCCUCCAUCGUAACCGGAGACUACCACCGGGCCCUGCGGGCCUCCCGAUCAUCGGAAACCUUCUCGACCUUGGCCCGAAACCCCACGAGUCCCUAGCCAAACUCUCCAAGAAACACGGUCCACUUAUGACCAUCCGAUUGGGAACCAUCACUUGCGUGGUGGCGUCCACACCUGACGCGGCUAGAGAAAUCCUCCAACGCAAUGAUGAGGCGUGCUCUGGUCGUCUUGUCCCCGACGCGGCCGCCUCCUUGCCCGACAAUGACGUGGCAAUGGCGUGGAUUCCAACAAACGACGUGUGGCGAACCAUGAGAAAAGCCCUCGGCACAUACCUCACACACCAACACAAACUCGACACCCUUCGCGAUCUACGACAAAACGUGUUGGACGGCAUGCUGGAGUUUCUACAUGAGUGCGGGCGCAAGAAGGUGGGCGUGGACAUAGGGAAGUUGUCAUUCGCGGUUGCGCUCAACCAGAUGUCCAACACUUGCGUGUCGCAAAACGUGACCAGCUACGAGUCGGAUGAUGUCGGGGGGUUUAAGACAGCUGUGAAGACAGUAAUGAAAAUGACCGGUAAGUUCAACAUAGCAGACUUAUUUCAGGUGUUGAAGCCUUUGGACCCUCAGAACAUACGGAAGCAUGGGAAGGCUGCUUAUGGCUGGCUCGAUAAGGUGACAGAAGGGUUCAUAACCGAGAGGUUAAAGAAUCGAGAGUCCAAACUACCGAGGUUUGGUGAUAUGUUGGAUUCAUUGCUGGAUUAUAGUGAGAGUAAUGAAGCUGAGUUUACUCUCAAACAUAUCAGGAUUCUAAUUGUGGAAUUGCUUCUAGCGGGAACAGAAACUAGUUCAAACACAAUAGAAUGGGCAAUGACAGAACUAUUGCUUAACCCUGAUAUGUUCUCAAGAGUCCGCGAAGAAGUCUCCACAACGGUGGGAGAAAAUGGAAAAAUUCAAGAAGUCAAACUUCUUGACCUGCCUUAUCUACAAGCCGUCAUCAAAGAAACCAUGCGACUUCAUUUGGCUGUGCCUUUGUUGGUGCCUCAUAAAACUGAAACCGAAGUUAAACUAGGUGAAUAUAUCGUGCCAAAAAAUACACAAAUUCUGGUGAACGCAUGGGCCAUGGCGCGAGAUCCUAAGUAUUGGGAAAACCCGAUGACGUUCAAGCCAGAGAGGUUUCUAGAAAAUGAGCUCGAAUACAAAGGUCAACAUUUUGAGUUUAUACCUUUUGGAUCAGGUCGAAGGAUGUGUCCUGGGAUACCCUUAGCUCAGAGGGUGGUUAGUUUAAUGGUGGCGACAUUUGUGUAUCAUUGUGACUGGAAUUUACCUCAUGCUACAGAAGAAAUGGAUAUGGACGACAUUUAUGGCCUUACAUUGCUUAGAGCAACACCUCUCGUUGCUACUCCUGUUCCAGUCACACAACAGGCAUAGAGCUUGAAGAUCACAUGCACUUUUAGUUAAUAAGUGCGAAUAAUACCAUUGUUUUUAUUCUGAAACAAUAUACAAAAUAAAUGAUAAGUAUAAUAUUAAGUUUGUAAUCCUUUACAUAUUAUUUUAGAAUAUGUAUUUUCUAUAAAUUUUAUAAGUGGCAAAGUUUGUAUCCGUC